CCGGAUCUUUCCGUGUUGUGUGUUUAUCCGCGUCAACAAGUCUGUACCGUACCGCGUGUCUUUCGCCCAAUUAUUAGCAACAGUGUGGAGAUAGUUUUGAUAAGCGAAGCAGCAACAGUCCGUCAUAGAAAACACGUGUAGAGAGAGUUACAAAGCCAAUCUAAGCAGGCAAGGGUGUUUUUUUGUGAUAUGCUCCUCGAGUGUUUUGCCCAAGGGAACCCAAAGUGAAAAAAGUAAAGCCUCAAAAAAAUAAAACUAAAAUUCUCAAGUUCUCCGGGAAUAGUGUGUACGUACGUGUGGGUUGCGUGUUGGUGCUGUGUGCGCGCGAUUGUGUGUGUGUGUGUGAAAGAUAGCCACGCGGAGCCUGCUGGUUUGGUGGUGAACAACCCCUGAUCGAACCGUGCGCAUAUAUUAGAUCGUUUGUUGCCGUUUGAAGAAAAUAGUGAGGAAAACACAGCAUCCACCUCCACCACCACCACUGCCGCCCGCGUGAGGUCACACCGAAGAAGGGGAAAGCGAGGAAAAUUAGUUGUUGCUUACCGUGUGUUCGGGGGCGAAGCGCCGCACAAGCAGCCGCGAUUCAGGGAGCCGGACAGCGAGCAAACAGAAGAAGAAAUCAGAUAGCAUCUCCCACUUCCGAGGACAAACACAGCAGCGCGCUGUAAACUUGAGGAAAAAGCAGCGCUAAUCGUCUGACUACAACAGCAACCACAAAAACGCGUACAGCGUUGAGCAAUAUUAUAAGUGUCACAGUGCAGCAGAUUUGCUGGCAAGGGCAGAAAAGCUGGAUUACAAAAUGCUGAUGCAGGUGUCCCCGGAUGCGGCCGAUGCCGCAUUGGCGUUGGUGCAAUCGGGCGGCACGGGUACGACGACGUCCUCACAGAGCGCGCAGAAGGAUACGACCUGGACGAAGCUGUUCGUUGGCGGUUUGCCGUACCAUACGACCGACAAGAGCCUGCGGGAGCACUUUAGCGUGUACGGCGAUAUUGAGGAGGCCGUUGUGAUAACCGACCGCACGACGAACAAAAGUCGCGGUUAUGGAUUCGUGAUUAUGGGUGAUAGACUGAGUGCCGAGCGUGCCUGCAAGGAACCGAACCCGAUCAUCGAUGGCAGGAAAGCAAACGUAAAUCUCGCGAUACUGGGCGCCAAACCACGGGGCAAUGCAUCACAAGGAUAUUCGUUCGCCACGACAGGUCUGCGGACGCCUGGCUAUCCAGUGAUACCGGGACAGUACGGAGUACCACCGUCCUACAUUUACGGCACACCGUACCUAGGCUCGGCGGGUGGAUCGACAGGAGCGGGCGGAACCGCAUCCGGCCUGGUACCGAUCCCUGCCACUCAGUUGUCGCACGCAGCAGCUAUUGCUGCCGCCACUAGUCAAUUCUACGAAUAUCAGAAUGCGGUAGCAGCAGCCGCCGCCGCACCGUAUCCGGGACAGUACAGUACAGGAUUCGAUGCCUACCCUUACGGGUCCGGCGCCUCAGCUGCCGGAGCUGCGGCUGCCGCCGCCCAGUACAUGGCCGGACCGUACACGUACGCCACGUUGCCGCAAGCGGGAGCUGCAGCCGCUGCAGCUGCCGCCGCGGCUGGUGCAUUUCCCGGCCUAUCGCCCUAUCAGAAUGCGACCGGUGCUUCGCUCCAGGAGGCUAGACUGCAAUAAUAUUUACUACCACAAGCGCUGAUGCUGUCGCUGUUCGACGGUGUCUGCGGCGUCAACGAGAAGCGUUCUUAGGAUGCUGCCCAGCAACGGUGCCGGCUGGACGGUAGCGGUGGCUGAAGACAGGUGGCGCUCACCUUCAUCUCCACAUGCGCCCAAGCAAACCUGGAAUUGCUGGGCAGCAAGUAGUGUGGUGAAAGCUCGCGUAAGCGCAUGAUAUUAGGCAGCCAAAAACAAACAUACAAACAAUACAACAAACCAACCCAAGCCCAAGAUUGAAAACAGAAAAAAGGGAAACCAAACCAAUGGGAGGAGGAGUACUUUUUAGUUAGCCGGGAUAGUUUUAAAACCCUGCUAAGCUAACCCGAGCGUACGUGUGUACUGCAUGCAAAUAGUAAGCGAUAAGUAAAUGCAAGUGAAGUGAAAUCAGCCGGUCAGUCAAUCAAUCAAUCAAUAAUUAGCGCUGCUCUCAAUAUGUAAAUCCCAUCCUCCCCCCCCCCCCACCCCCACCAAACAUCCGUUAAUAUUUUGUUUUUAAAGCAAAACAACCGAGCGCCCACGUUAUCGCAAUUCGCACACAUAUAUCAAGCACAUCCGUUUUGCCCACUGGAAACCGAGAGGGGUUGGAUGUCUUUUGAAACAAAAUCUCACACACACAUCAAAGCAAAGAAAAUCGUACCGGCGAUCGUACGAGACGAUAUUGAAGCAAAUACAAAAGCAAAUAAUGAAAUUUACUCUAUUUAUUAUACACUAGUUUUAACGUACUGUAGAAAGCGAGCGGGAGACCUUCGCAAGAGUCGCUGGAGGCGGAUAGGAGAUAAUAACCAAUGAAGAGGGAGGGAGGGCGGUAGAAGCGAAGCGAGGGAGAAAAUACAUUAUUUACUUACAUAUUUAGGUGUUAAGCAAUACAGCAACAAACAAACAAACAAACAAACAUCAACACUAGCGUUUCAAAACGACAUUGGACGAAUGUGAAAACAGGCAGAAUAAAAAUAUUGAUGAAAGCUCAAUUCUUGUUGUCCGCGAGAUUCUUGCAAUCAGAUAUGGAGGAAAUGAAGGAAGAAAAAAAAAAGAAGUUCGUUGGGCAAUGUUUAAUAUCAGAGCGCAAAGACAUAAGCCAUCCCAGUGAUGACGAUGAGUGCGGUCCAAUACCACGAUCCGGUCCUCUGCCAUACUUUGGGGCGGGGGGAUCGUAUGGACUGAUUAACGCAAUACUUGUUUAUUGGAUAGAGCAAAGUGCACGGGUGUGCCAACCAUCCCCGCGUAGAAAGGAUGCGUGUAGUGGUGGUGCAACGAAAAAGAGGAACCCAAGCAAUACCGACACGUAGCAACAACGUCUUGUCCCCACCGAAACGAGAAACAACUGGAUCAAUGGCGAUUAGGAAGAGAGAGAGAGAGAGAGUGAGUCUUGAUAGCUCUCAGGACAUUGAAACUUGCCGGUAGUGUGUGUGUUCCGUAAGAAGCCGCAGCAGUAGAUGUUUUUCGUGGUUCUUUUUUUUGCAUUUUCGGUUCAUCUUGAGUCUGAUGCAAUAAAAAAAAACGAUCCCGCUUCCGGGUUUUUCUCCACCCUUUUCCUGCACACGGGGCGCCGCAGAAACAGCCGAAGGAAGAAUGAAAUUCUAGUCAAAUGUGUUUGUGUGUGUGUGUGCGCGCGCGCUUUUCGCGCUUGCCUCGUGCAAAGUGGUUAAUUUAUUUUCCCCUUUUUUUUUUGUUGCUAGCUUGUUUUGCGUAGUUUUUUUGAUUGAUAAGCCCGUCGUCACGUGUGGGGCCGUGGCACGUGACGAUCCGUGAUUUAGUAAAAUUGUUCUUUCCGUUUUACGGUUUUGUUUUGCUUCUGUCCUCCAUCUUCAGUUUGUUUGCGUUUUGUUAAAAAAAAUCGUCCAGUUGUAGGCAGUCCUUGAUUCACUAUAAUGUUUGGCUGCUCGUCUUACCAACGAUUAAACUGAGUUACUCAAAAAGUUCUCCUUGCACAGUUGCAGGUGUAGUGUGGUUCAUUCAAGAAUCAUCAAAUCGAAACCUCAAAACCGCCGAUACAAAGUUAACCUUUAUACAUAUACACCGAAUGGAAACAGUUUUGGGCACAGGGGCAUUGCUACAGUCAGGCAAGAUUUUAUCAGAGAAAAACAGCUCAACGUAACUGCACAGUGACACACAAAUCAGAGGGAGAGAAAUGGAGUGAAAUUGUGCCUUUCAAAAAAAAAAAAACAUAAAAAGCAGUAAAGAGCGGUGUGGAACAAAACGCAUACAACACACCUCCGACCAAUGAUCGGAAACGGAAGCAUGAUGAAACCAGCAAUGGCUAAACGAUGUGACGGAGUUUUGCUAUUUUUAACGAACCAAACCGAUAGUGAGCGUGAUGGAAGAUGGUGAGCAAUAGAGGGAUAGAGGGAUGGCACACUGGGAACGAUCGUUUGGCUCAAUCGUAUCGGUGACAAUACCCAUAACAUGCAUGCAUGUGUGUGAGAGAGAGUGAAUCGUACGUUGGAAGGAACACAAUCUCAGUCGGAUGUAUAGAUUUCAUGCCAGUUAGCACGUUUGUAGCGCACCUCCUAUCCCCCCAAAAUACAUAAAAUCGUUAACAAAGGUUAUAUGAUAGAAAAGAGGGUAGCAAGCCAAGACAAGAACCCAAAACGCAUGCCAAUAUUUGAGAGAUUUGCUGCAUCAUGUGGUGCACGUAAAAGCUUGAGUGUACACGGACACCUUAGUGAUAUCCCAUCCAAAAUGAGGAACUGAAUGUGAAGUGUUGACGCAAGCGUGUGUUUGGGCGUCUUGUUAAUGUGCGGCAAAAUUUGUACUUAAAACGAAGCAGCAAGUGUGGGGAGCUCCGAACGUACGCAACCCGCAAUGUUACCCCGCGCGCCCUGACUGACAAGUGACGGAGUUACUUGAUCGUGCUUAAAUCUCAGCAAUAGAUAGAAGCGCACCCCGUUAGGCAGUAUGUGUUGGCAGAGAAAGAGCGUGUUAGGUGUCGAUUUUCUUAUUUAAAAUUAAUCCAUUGACCAAAUCAUGAGACACGAGAGAAGUAAGAUGGACAGUUUGAUUUACGCAUGAUGUAAGAAAGGGCCCGAACGGCGGAAAGGCAAAUCGCGUCGCGCGGUGUAGAUGUUAAGUUUAAAUUAUAUAUACACGACGAGCAGCGCCAAUGUUGGCACUUAGGUUAAGCGAUCGGUACACGCACGAAAGAAUCUCAUUGCAAUGGAUAUCCGUGGGCAAGGCGGUUAGGCUUAGGAAGGGAACAAGGACCGCAACCAACCCUGGGGGCUUGGCGUCGUAAUUCGGUAAGGUUGAGUACGGCUUGCCUUAAAGGUUUUCAAGGGGAAACUGCGAUGAUCAGCAAACUUUACUUCACCACACCCAUGGCGUGUGUACCGAGCGGACACAAAUGCAGACGGCAUGCAAGUAGGGGGGAAAGAGAACAAUUAACGGUUACGGUAAGCAUAUUUUAAACGUCGACUAUUAACAACACUUUACUUAAAAUUACCAAUCGGAACCAAAAACAAAAAAAAACACACCCUUACACACCGAUACACACAUAUUAACGCAUAAGGAACGGUGAAAGGAACAAGAAAAGAAAAAAAAACCCACAAAGGUCGAUAA